AUGGUAAGCAGUGUGAGCGAAAAUAUAAAAUUCAUCAGUGGAACUGGAAUAAUUUGGAAAGUUUCUGGGGAAGCAGUAAUUUAUUCCAACAUGCUGCACAUACGUCAAAUUAUCGGUGUUAUUCAGUGUCGUUUGCAGGAAGAGAGUUCAUGGAACACGGAAAUAAAAUUGGCGAGCAGGAACAUAUCGUGGCCAAUGAUGUUUGAAAUAAGGAAUCCGAAGAAUUUUAGAUCGACAAACGGAGGAGUCCUUGAAUUUAUAUCGGAAGAAGGAACCUGUAACAUACCAUACUGGAUAAUGCAAAACCUGGAGUUAAAUGAAGGAGAUGUCGUGACGAUAACAAAUGUGUCGCUGCCGAAGGCCAAAUGGGUUAAGUUGAAGCCGUUGAACGACGACUACUGGGAUAUAUCGAACCCAAGAGCAGUAUUGGAAAACGCACUGAGGAACUACGCAACGCUGACCACCGGAGACGUGAUACCGAUACACUACCUUCAAACGGUGUAUUUGAUCGAGAUAGUCGAUUUGAAGCCGGCGAGAGCCUGCUCAAUUAUAGAAACCGACAUGGAGGUGGACUUUGAUGUGCAAAUGCCAGAGCCAAAACAAUCGGUUGAAAAGACGGUAACGGAGGCUGAAAUCGUGGCAGGAAAGAGACUGGACGGGAAGACGCCUAAGUUGACAAAGCAGACGGAAGAAACCGUGAACAAAACGCCCUGGGAAAACAAACUGCCCAAUGGAAUCAGAACACGUGAUCCCGAGUUUGACUGGAUGGUACAAAACAACAGAAUACCCUAUGUAAAAAAGAAUAAGUAA